UUUUAAUCCUAAGAGAAUCUAUAGCUGUGAGGCCUCUUCUAAGGAUCUUACUGACUUGAUGACCACGUACCAAGUAAAGAGAGAUAACAGACCCGUCUUCUUCAGAGAGAUAUUUAGAUCCUCGAUCAGGACAAGAAUAAUCAGCAUAACACAAAUGGUUUUCUACUUCAACUGAGAUGGCAGUGAAUUUUUUUAACUUUCCUCUGUCCUCUUCGCUGCUCUUGAUAUCAGUAUUUACUGUUACGGAUGCAGAAACAUGUGCUAUCCAAAAUAUAACGACCUGGUCAGGUACAGUUAAGCCUGAAGACUAUCCACAACACUACAAACCAGACAUGGACUGUUACUGGCUGGUCCAGGUGUCACAAGGAAACCGCAUUGAAUUAAACUUUGAAGACUUUGCGAUGGACGCCGUUCCGGACGAAGAAGCUGGCAAUUGUCCAUCUGACUAUGUCGCGGUAACCGAAGGUUCCUUCGGAAGCACUGACGUUGUUAUGCGCCUUUGUGGCAGCUCUCUACCGCCACAUGAACAGCAAACGAUUGUUUCUUCGAGUAACUCACUCCUCGUCCAUAUGCAUACAGACAGCAAGCACCAAAACCGAGGAUUUAUAGCAAAACAUCAAGGUAUUUGCAAAGUGACUUUCUCGACAGUCAAUGGCACCAUUAUGUCCCCAAAUCAUCCGCAAAACUAUCCAAACGUUGCUAAGUGCGAGUGGAUUAUUGACCUUGGUCCAGGAUAUGACAUCACACUAACAUUUCAUACAUUUGUGUUGGAAACAAAAGAAAAUUGCGAAUAUGAUUGGGUAAAAGUGCAGGAAGGAAAUACUGAAGACGCACCAGCAAAAGGCACAUUUUGCUCAGAUGUACUGCCGCCAGAUAUAUCUACAGUUGGACCGAUGAGGAUUGUCUUUGAAACAGAUGGAGACAAAGAGUAUGAAGGAUUUCAUAUGACAUGGUUGGCAGAGGAUGAAAACGAAUGCCUUCAACCUAAUAUCUGCCAUGCCAAUGCCACAUGUGCUAACACUGCGGGCUCAUAUCAAUGUACCUGUAUGUUGAGUUACACUGGGGACGGUAAAUCCUGUACGUGGUACAAAGAUUUUAAUGAAUGUGACUUAAACCUUGAUAACUGCCAUGAGGACGCAUUAUGUAUAAACACGCUUACCCACUUUGAGUGCAGGUGUGAAUCUGGCUUUUUCGGAGAUGGCUUUAAUUGUGUUGAUAUCAAUGAGUGCGAAACCGAUAACUUGGCCUAUAGGCAUAACUGUCAUGUUAAUGCCAGCUGUACUAAUACACAUGGAUCGUUCCGCUGUACAUGUAUAUCGGUGUACACAGGAGAUGGAGUCACGUGCACAGAUAUAAACGAAUGUCAAGUGGGCGCUCAUAAUUGCCACGCAGAUGGUGAAUGCAUAAAUACAGACGGCUCCUUUCGGUGUGAAUGUCAAAUGGGAUAUUCCGGCAAUGGUGUCUCUUGCUCAGACGUCAACGAAUGCGUCGAAAAUACGGACAACUGUCACAUUAAUGCCACUUGUGCCAAUACUAGAGGAUCUUAUGUCUGCACCUGUAAACAAGGAUAUAGUGGAGAUGGCGUGAACUGCACAGACAUAGACGAAUGCUCUCUUAAUCUUCACGACUGUCAUGCAGAUGGGUACUGUAACAACACCGACGGGUCGUAUUAUUGCACUUGUGACAAUGGGUACACGGGAAACGGAGUUUCAUGUACUGACGUUGAAGAAUGUACCACAAGUAUAGAUAACUGUCAUCAUCAUGCCAACUGCACAAACACGAAAGGUUCAUUUUAUUGUGCAUGUCAUUCUGGUUACACUGGCAACGGAGUCCUCUGCAAUGACAUUGAGGAAUGUGCCAUUAAUACCGACAACUGUCAUGUUGAUGCCAACUGUACGAACACCAAAGGUUCUUUUCACUGCAUUUGUCUCCAUGGUUACUCUGGGAAUGGAAUCACGUGCACGGAUGUGGACGAGUGUUUCCCAGAUCAGAUAUCUGAUGAAUAUAACCACCUUGAGAACAACUGUCAUGCUGACGCCAACUGUUCCAACACUAAAGGUUCCUUCCUCUGCUCCUGUCAUGCGGGAUAUUCUGGUGAUGGAGUAGAUUGCACAGAUAUAAACGAAUGCGACUCAUCAGGAUUGUCGUCUGAGCACCAGGGCUUUGCUCAUAUUUGUCACGAUGAUGGCAACUGCACAAACACAGAAGGAUCUUACUACUGCACAUGUCUGGAAGGAUACUCUGGAUCAGGAACGAACUGUACAGAUAUCGAUGAGUGCACAACUGGAAGACAGAACUGUCAUGCUGACGCCAACUGUACCAACACUAGAGGUUCAUUCUAUUGUACCUGUCCGACAGGAUACUCUGGUGAUGGAGUCACCUGCCAAGAUAUAAGCGAAUGUCAGUCUGAAAGUCUGGCACCUUAUCACAGCAAUUAUCGCCACAAUUGCCACGAAGAUGCAAACUGCACAAAUACCAAAGGUUCAUUUUACUGCACGUGUCAUCACGGCUUCUCCGGAGACGGUCUAAUUUGUGAAGAUAUGGAUGAGUGUUUUCCCAAUCUGAACUCUAGCCAGCAUGCUUAUUUGACUCAUAAUUGUCACGAUGAUGCAAACUGUACCAACACAAAAGGAUCAUUCUACUGUACAUGUCUUAGUGGUUAUUCCGGUAAUGGAGUAUCCUGUGUAGACAUAGAAGAAUGCGCUACUGAAGUAGAUAACUGCCAUGUGGAUGCUAAUUGCACGAACACGAAAGGAUCAUUCUACUGCAGUUGUCAUACGGGAUACACUGGACAUGGCGUCUUGUGUCAAGAUAUCGAUGAAUGCACAUCUGGAGCAAACGACUGUCACGCUGAUGCCAACUGCACUAACACAAAAGGAUCAUUUUACUGCAGUUGUCAUACGGGAUACUCCGGAGAUGGAGUUCUCUGUAAAGAUGUGAAUGAAUGUCUUCCUGAAAAAAUACCAGAUGAAUACAAAUAUCUUAAACACAACUGCCACAGUGAUGCCAACUGUACCAACACUAAAGGGUCAUUUGAUUGCACCUGUCACACGGGGUAUUCUGGAAAUGGUGUCGAGUGCACAGAUAUAAAUGAAUGCCACCCACCGGGAUUGUCAUCUGAGCAUAAACACUUGGCUCACAUAUGUGACGAGAACGCUAACUGUACCAACACAAAAGGAUCUUACUACUGCACAUGCCUUCAUGGUUUCUCUGGAUUAGGAGAAAUCUGCACAGAUAUCGAGGAAUGCAUUACUGGUAAACACAACUGUCACGCUGACGCAAAUUGCACCAAUACCAAAGGAUCAUUUUAUUGCACGUGUCAUACGGGAUACUCUGGAGAUGGGGUCAGUUGUGAAGAUGUUAGUGAAUGUCAGACUCAGAGCCUCGCAUCAAAUCACAUCACUCAGUAUUCCCACAAUUGCCACAACGAUGCAAACUGCACAAACACCAAAGGAUCAUUUUACUGCGCGUGUCAUUACGGGUAUUCAGGAGACGGUGUAAUUUGCUCAGAUAUAGACGAAUGUUUCCCUGAUCUUAUUUCUGAUGAGUAUUCUGAUUUGGCUCACAAUUGCCAUGCUGAUGCUAACUGCACUAACACAAAUGGAUCAUUUUUCUGCACGUGUCUAGAUGGUUAUUCUGGUAAUGGAGUGUCUUGUGUAGAUAUUGAAGAGUGUGCAAUAAACAAAGAUAACUGUCACAUGGACAGCAACUGCACUAAUACAAAAGGCUCAUUUUACUGCGCAUGUCACACAGGAUAUUCUGGGGACGGCGUCCUCUGCAAUGACGUGGACGAGUGUAUCCCUGAUCAGAUAUCUGAUAAUUAUCGCCAUCUUGAGAACAACUGUCAUGCUGACGCCAACUGUUCCAACACAAAGGGCUCCUUCUUCUGUACCUGUCACACGGGAUACUCUGGUGAUGGAGUGGUGUGCACAGAUAUAAACGAAUGCGAAAAUUUGAGAUUGUCAUCGGAGCACCAAAACUUGACUCACAUAUGUCACGAUGAUGCCAACUGUACAAACACAAAAGGAUCUUACUACUGCACAUGUCUGAACGGAUACUCUGGAUCAGGAGAGAACUGUACAGAUAUUGACGAGUGCACAUCUGGAACGCACAACUGCCAUGUCGAUGCCAAUUGUACUAACACCAAAGGAUCGUUCCUUUGUACUUGUCAUACGGGAUAUUCUGGUGAUGGAAUCACUUGUGGAGAUAUAAGUGAGUGCGAAACAGAAGGCCUGUCACAAGACCAUAAACGUUAUGAGCAUAACUGUCACUCCAAUGCAAAUUGCACCAAUACUAAAGGAUCCUUCUUCUGUACUUGCUUCAAUGGAUAUUCCGGAAACGGCGUGGAUUGUGUUGAUAUAAAUGAAUGCCAGGCAAGCAAUUUAGCUCAAGAACACGCAGAUGUAUAUUCUCACAACUGUCAUGGUGAUGCUAACUGCAGCAACGCCGAGGGAUCCUUCUACUGCACUUGUCUUAAUGGGUAUUCUGGUAAUGGAGUCACCUGUGUGGACACAGAUGAAUGUGCCAUUCAAACUGACAAUUGUCAUCUUGAUGCGAACUGCACUAACACUAAAGGAUCAUUUUACUGCACUUGUCAGACGGGAUAUUCAGGAGAUGGCAUCAUUUGUGAAGAAAUCGAAGAAUGUGAAACUGAAAUGGACAACUGCCAUGCGGAUGCCAAUUGCACCAAUACUGAAGGAUCCUUUUAUUGUACGUGUCUUACGGGAUACUCCGGAGAUGGUGUCACUUGUGUGGACGUGGACGAGUGUUCCCUCGAAAUUAUACCUGCUGAUUACAUUCAUCUUGAGAACAACUGCCAUGCUGACGCCACUUGCUUCAACACCAAAGGAUCAUUUUACUGUACGUGUCAUACGGGAUACUCUGGACAUGGUGUCACAUGCGUCGAUAUUGACGAAUGUAACCCGUCUAGUUUGUCUGACGAAUACAAACAACUGGCUCAUAAAUGCCACGGCGAUGCCAACUGCACCAACACCAAAGGUUCUUACAACUGUGGAUGCCAGGAAGGCUACGGCGGAAACGGUGAAAAGUGCGAGGAUAUCGACGAAUGCUCAACUGGAGCGCACAACUGUCACAUCGACGCCAACUGCACCAACAGCAAGGGAUCUUUCUUGUGCACUUGCCAUACAGGAUAUUCUGGUGAUGGUGUCACAUGUAUUGAUAUUUCUGAGUGCGAGGACAAAACUCUAGCUCCUCAUCACCGAAGCUAUGCCCAUAAUUGUCACGAUGACGCCAACUGUACAAACACAAAUGGAUCAUUUUAUUGCACAUGUCAUACGGGAUACUCAGGGGAUGGUGUUAUCUGUUCAGACAUCAAUGAAUGCCACAUUAACAAUUUGGCUCAAGAACACCUUGAAUAUUCCCACACCUGCCACACUGAUGCCAACUGUACCAACACCAAAGGGUCGUACUACUGCACCUGUCUGAAUGGUUAUUCUGGUAAUGGAGUAAAUUGUGUAGAUAUUGAAGAGUGUGCAACAGACAUAGAUAACUGUCACCUGGAUGCAAAUUGCACGAAUACGAAAGGAUCAUUUUACUGCGCAUGCCAUACGGGAUACGAUGGAGAUGGAGUAUUCUGUAAUGAUGUCGAGGAGUGCACAUCAAACAUUCAUAACUGUCAUGCGGACGCUAACUGCACCAACACAAAAGGAUCAUUUUACUGCACGUGUCAAAUAGGAUACUCUGGUCACGGAGUCAGUUGUGUUGAUGUAGAUGAGUGUUCUCCUGAACUGAUUUCUAAUGACUACAUCCAUCUUAAACACAACUGCCACGCCGACGCCAACUGUUCCAAUACGAAAGGAUCAUUCCUCUGUUCAUGUCGGACAGGAUAUUCUGGGGAUGGAGCCACAUGUACAGACAUCGAUGAGUGCUACCCAUUAGGAUUGUCAUCUGAAUACCAAGAUUUGGCUCACAUUUGUCACGAUGAUGCCAACUGUACAAACACAAAAGGAUCUUACUACUGCACAUGUUUGAACGGAUACUCUGGAUCAGGAGAGAAAUGCAAAGAUAUUGAUGAAUGUGCUUCGGAAACGCAUAACUGUCACGCGGAUGCAAACUGCACCAAUACCAAAGGAUCAUUUUACUGCACAUGUCAUACGGGAUACUCUGGAAACGGAGUCACCUGUGUGGAUAUUAGCGAGUGUCAGACCGACAGGCUUGCAUCUUAUCACAUCACCCAGUAUGCCCAUAAUUGUCACGAUGACGCAAACUGCACAAAUACCAAAGGUUCGUUUUUCUGCACCUGCUAUCACGGCUACUCGGGAGACGGUGAAAUUUGUGCAGAUAUCGACGAAUGUCAUGUGAACGGUUUGGCUCUGAAACAUGUGGACGAAUUUUCCCACAACUGUCAUGCUGAUGCCAACUGUACCAAUACGAAAGGAUCAUUCUACUGCACGUGCCUUAAUGGGUAUUCUGGAGAUGGAGUCACGUGUUUAGAUAUUGAAGAAUGUGGCACAGACACCGACAACUGCCAUGAUGAUGCCAAUUGUACAAAUACUAAAGGGUCCUUCUUCUGUACUUGUCUCCAUGGGUACUCUGGAGAUGGUGCCAUAUGUAAAGAUAUUGAAGAAUGCUCAUCGAAUAUUCAUAACUGCCAUGCUGAUGCCAACUGUACAAACACCAAAGGAUCCUUCCACUGCACUUGUCAUACGGGAUAUUCCGGAGAGGGAGUCAGCUGUGUUGAUGUGGACGAGUGUUUCCCCGAUCAGAUAUCUGAUGAUUAUCGUCACCUUGAGAACAACUGCCAUGCUGACGCCAAUUGUUCUAAUACUAAGGGCUCCUUCUUUUGCACCUGUCAUAUCGGUUAUUCUGGUGAUGGAGUCACGUGUGUUGAUAUUGAUGAAUGUAAUCCAUUUGCGUUGUCUUCAAAGUACCAUGACCUUGCACACAUCUGCCACAGUGAUUCUAACUGUUCAAACACAAAAGGAUCGUACUACUGCACAUGCCUGACUGGAUACUCUGGAGACGGUAUCUCUUGUGAGGAUAUUGACGAGUGCGUCGCUGGAACACACAACUGUCAUUCUGAUGCCAACUGCACCAACACCAAGGGAUCAUUUUAUUGCACAUGUCUAAAGGGAUACUCUGGAGAUGGAGUGCUGUGUGAAGAUAUCAGUGAAUGUCGUGUGAAUAGCUUGGGUCAACAACACGUGCAGGAGUAUUCCCACAACUGUCAUGCUGAAGCUAAUUGUACCAACACCAAAGGAUCUUUCUACUGCACUUGUCAUCAUGGAUAUUCCGGGGAUGGAGUCACAUGCCAAGACGUCAAUGAAUGCUUUCCUAGUCAGAUAUCUGAGGAGUAUGGUCAUCUCGCCCAUAACUGCCAUACCAAUGCUAACUGCAGCAACACAAAGGGAUCCUUCCACUGCACCUGUGUUGAUGGCUUUUCUGGUAAUGGAGUUAAUUGUUUCGAUAUUGAGGAAUGUACUACAGACACGGACAACUGUCACGCUGACGCCAAUUGCACCAACACCAAAGGAUCGUUCUACUGUACCUGUCAUCGUGGGUAUUCUGGAGACGGUGUCAUGUGUGAUGAUAUCGAUGAGUGUUCACCUGGUCAGAUUUCUCAAGAAUACAGACAUCUUGUACACAAUUGUCACUCUGAUGCAAACUGCUCCAAUACCAAAGGAUCGUUCUACUGCACAUGUCACACAGGGUAUUCUGGAGACGGAGUAACAUGUGUUGACAUACAGGAAUGUGCUAUACAAACAGACAACUGCCACGAUGAUGCAAAUUGCUCCAAUACCAAAGGAUCAUUUUAUUGCACGUGUCACUUAGGAUAUUCUGGAGAUGGUGUCACCUGUAAUGACAUCGAUGAAUGCGACCCAUCUGGAUUGUCAUCUGAUUAACAACAUCUGGCAAACAAGUGUCAUGGUGAUGCUAACUGCACAAACACCAAAGGCUCAUACAACUGUGGCUGUCAAGAUGGUUACUAUGGAAGUGGAAAAGACUGCAAAGAUAUUGAUGAAUGCACGUCUGGCACACACAAUUGUCAUGCAGACGCCAACUGCACCAACACCAAAGGAUCAUUUUAUUGCUCUUGUCAUACAGGAUAUUCAGGAAAUGGAGUUACUUGCGUUGAUAUCAGUGAGUGUCAACUGGAAACCUUAUCAGGCAGUCAUGUCCAGCAGUAUUCUCACGACUGCCAUGAUGAUGCUAAUUGCACUAAUACUAAAGGAUCGUUCUACUGCACCUGUCACCAUGGUUACUCUGGAGAUGGAGUCAUUUGUGUCGAUAUAAAUGAAUGUUAUCCAUUGCGACUAUCAUCUCAAUAUGAGGAUUUUGCACACAAUUGCCAUGACGCUUCCAACUGCACCAACACCAAAGGGUCCUUCUACUGCACUUGUCAUACGGGAUAUUUAGGGAAUGGCGUCUCCUGCGUUGACAUUGAAGAGUGUUACACAGAUACAGACAACUGUCAUGCUGAUGCCAACUGUACGAACACCAAAGGUUCAUUCUACUGCACAUGCCAUGUAGGGUACUCAGGGGAUGGAGUAAUUUGCUCAGAUCUGAACGAGUGCGUAAUUGGGACCCAUAGCUGUCAUACCGAUUCAAACUGUUCGAACACCAAGGGUUCCUUCUACUGCACAUGUCUGACUGGCUACUCAGGAGAUGGGGUCAGUUGUGUUGACAUAGACGAAUGCUCUCCUGGUAGUAUUUCUGAUCAAUAUAAAGGUCUUGCGCACAACUGCCAUAUCGAUGCCAAUUGCUCCAACACGAAGGGAUCGUUCUACUGUACAUGUCAUAACGGAUACUCUGGAAAUGGAGUUAUUUGUCAAGACGUAAACGAGUGUUCUCCCUCGAGUCUGUCAUCUGAACAUCAACAUUUGGAAAACAUCUGUCAUGACGAUGCAAACUGUACCAAUACCAAGGGAUCGUACUACUGUACCUGUUUAGUGGGGUAUUCAGGAGACGGAGUCACAUGCCAAGAUACUGAUGAAUGUUUCCCUGACAGUAUUCCUGAUAGAUAUAAACAUCUUGCUCACAAUUGUCAUCCGAAUGCAAAUUGCACCAACACCGAGGGCUCAUUUUAUUGCACAUGCAAGACUGGUUUCUCUGGUGAUGGGGUCACGUGUAAAGAUAUCAACGAAUGUCAACCAGAGGGUUUAGCCCUAUCCCACAGCUACUAUGCCCACAACUGUCAUAAUGAUGCUAACUGCACCAACACAGAAGGAUCGUUCUUCUGCACGUGUCAUACGGGAUACUCAGGAGAUGGAGUGAUAUGCGAAGAUGUGAACGAAUGUUACCCGAGCGAAAUCUCUGAGGAAUAUAAAAACCUUUCCCACAAUUGUCACGGAGACGCCAACUGCACCAACACUAAGGGCUCGUUUUACUGCACAUGCCUAAAUGGCUAUUCAGGCGACGGGGUCAUGUGCGUCGACAUUGAAGAGUGCCUGACUGAUACAGACAACUGCCAUUCGGACGCAAACUGCAACAAUACCAAAGGAUCAUUUUAUUGUACUUGUCUCACAGGAUAUUCUGGAGAUGGAGUCGCGUGUGUAGAUAUAAACGAAUGUUCUUCGGGCAUGUUGUCUGUCAACCACACACAUUAUGCUAAUGACUGUCAUGAUGAUUCAAACUGUACCAACACAAAAGGAUCCUUCUACUAUGUAAAUGAAUGUGAUCCUCAUGGAAUCAGUGAGACUUACAAAUAUCUAAUGCACAACUGCCACAAUGAUUCCAAAUGUACCAAUGAAAAAGGCUCAUUUGAUUGCACAUGUUUAAUUGGUUAUACUGGAGAUGGGGUUUGGUGUGAAGACAUAGAUGAAUGCUACACAGAAACCGACAAUUGUCAUGCUGAUGCAAACUGUUCCAACACCAAAGGAUCUUUCUACUGCACGUGUCACACAGGAUAUUCUGGAGAUGGAGUGAUUUGCGAAGACAUCAACGAGUGUUUUUCACAUGAUCUGGCAGCGAACUACUCACAUUACGCGCACAACUGCAAUGCUGAUGCUAACUGCUCUAACACCAAGGGAUCAUUUUACUGCACAUGUCACGUGGGAUACUCUGGAGAUGGUGUUGCUUGUUUGGAUAUUGACGAAUGUGAAACUGAUACCGACAACUGCGACGCGAAUGCCCACUGCAACAAUACCAAAGGAUCCUUUCAAUGCACUUGCAAUGUUGGCUAUUUUGGAAACGGUACUGUGUGUAAAGAUAUCGACGAAUGCACUGAAGACAAACAUAACUGCCAUAAUGAUUGUAUUUGUAUCAAUACAAAUGGAUCAUUUUAUUGCAUUUGCCAAGAGGGUUAUACCGGUGAUGGGGUCAACUGCACAGACAUGGAAGAGUGCAGCCUAGGCAUACAUACCUGUGAUGAACACGCAAUGUGCAUCAACACCAAAGGAUCAUUCACUUGUGCCUGCAAUCGUGGAUAUCAUGGCACGGGCUACAAGUGUGUCGAUACUGACGAAUGUAACUACGACUUGGAUAACUGCCAUGCUGAUGCAAUUUGUACAAAUACCAAUGGAUCUUUCAACUGUACAUGUUUAAGCGGUUACUUUGGAAAUGGUGUUUUCUGCCAGGAUAUUGACGAAUGUGAAACAGCCACGCACAACUGCAGCUGGGGUGCUUCGUGCACCAACAGGAAAGGAUCUUUUGACUGCGCUUGUUUCCCUGGAUUCUCUGGGGAUGGUUUUCGCUGUGCAGAUAUCAACGAAUGUGAAGUUCGAACACACAAUUGCCAUCCUGACGCCGAAUGUACCAACUUUAACGGUUCUUUCUACUGCACUUGUAACCACGGCUUUAGUGGAAAUGGAACAGAAUGUGAAGAUUUGGACGAAUGUUCCGACAAGUUACAUAACUGCAAGGGAUCGUCUAUUUGCAACAACACCUACAGCGGCUUCACCUGUAUUUGCUUGCCAGGAUAUCGCUAUAAUAGUUCCGACUGCUGGGAUAUUGACGAAUGCAAAGAACAAGCACAUAACUGUCAUAAGGUGUACGGUGUCUGUACCAAUGAGGCGCCUUUCUUCUUGUGCACGUGUGCAUUGGGUUCUAAAGGAAACGGAACUUAUUGUGUUGCUCUAGAUCUUGUUUACAAGAUUGACUUAAAGUUCCCAGCAAAUAACUGGAUCGCAGAAUAUCGAUUUUCCAAUACGACCCAAUUUCAGAAACUUUCCAAGGAAAUAGAGCAAGGGAUCGACUAUGUAUACAAAAGUGAUGAGACUUUCUUACGGAUGUACGUUGCCGCACUUCACAACAGAGAUGGAAUUGUGCAAGCUGAGCUCUGGAUGGUGUUUGCCUCAGAUGCAACACUUCCUAUCAGACCUCUUAACUUGGCAGUAAAGAGAGAAAGACUGAAACACCUUGCCAUAGAAAUGGAUGGCUAUGAUGUCACACAAGUGGUUGAAAGAGUCGAUUGUCCGCUUCAGUGUUCUGAAUAUGCGUAUUGUGCAAGAAAUAGUUCUUCAUUUGAAUGUGUUUGCACACGAGGUUACAACGGUGAUGGACAUGAGUGCAUCGAUCUGGAUGAAUGUACAGUAAACAAUGGCGGCUGUCAGCAUGUGUGUAUUAACAGUCCACAUGGAAGCUAUCAAUGCCUGUGUAACCAGGGCUUCUUUCUCCACAGUGACAGGAAACAAUGCCGAGCAUCUGAGGGUGACUUGGCAUAUUGCUCAUCUGAAUGGAGCCAAGAUAUCUUGUGGAGCCAUACUGUAGCAAGCAGCACCGACAUCAAGUCAUGUCCACAGGAUCACUUUGGUGGAGAUGCUCGGAGAAUUUGUUACAGCGGCAUCAGUAGCGGGGUGUGGGGAGUACCAGAUCUCACUCGCUGCUUGACAAAGGCAAUGUAUGAACUCCAACAAAAGUUUUCAACACUUCUAAAGGGAGAACCCAGCUUUUCAGAUUUCCUGGCCAUUGGAUGGGAACUUCGAUAUAUUCUGGACCCGGAAGUUGACAAGAUUUAUUCAGGAGAUAUCUUCUCUGCUGUGGAUAUCAUGAAUGAUUUAAACGAAAGGAUAACGAACUUGAUGAAGAACGUUACCAAAGAUGAAUUAACGAACUUUCUUGAGAUCAUGGGUGAUGUUGUGAGUAAUCUUCUCCACACAGAAAACAGACAGGCUUGGAACGGAAUGGACAGGAUUGCUCUCAAGGCCACAGACAUGGUGGCUGCUCUGGAAGACAGCGUUACUGCUGUAACUCAGCAACAGGUGCAAGAUAUGAUAAACAACGCCAUUACAGAUCCAGAAAAGUUUCACAAUUUAAGCUUGAGAACCAAAGCGUCUAAUGUUGAGAUAUCCAUCGAUGUGGUUGAGAUGAUUAAGUUCAAGGGAAUUUUACACUCAUUGAUGUAUGAUCUGUCUGCGGUUGGUGGAAAUGGGUCAAUCAUUCGGAAUCAGAUUUAUUAUCCAACUUCUCUUUUUGAGAAUGCACUAAAGGACAAGUUAGCUUCAGGCUUCUAUAGCAGUCUUGGCUGCUUUGGUGAUAAUGAAAGAGACCGUGCAGUGCCAACUAUGGAAGGAACACAUGAGUUGUUGAAAGGAAGCUUCCUUACUCGCAAGGAUGCUGUGGAGAAGUGCGCAGAGGUGACAAGGAUUCGUGGUUGGAAGGUAUUCGUUGUCCAAGAUGGCGGAUGGUGUGCGUCAAGUCCUAUUGCGCAUCUGACGUAUAACAAAUAUGGCACCGCUUUGAAUUGUGUUAAUGGCAAAGGAGGCAUGCUCGCUAACGAUGUGUAUAUAAUUAGUGCAUACUACGCAAGUGUGUCAACCGUCUUUUACAAGAACCUGGAAGGUUUGCUGACCUCAGAUCCUCUCUUAGAAAUAAGAUCUUUAAAAGAGAUGGGAGCUCAGAAGCCCUACAAUAGAUCGGAGCUCAACUCCAUUAUCAUAUCGGGAAGAAUUGUCUCCGAGGAGGAUCACUUUUACCAUUCCCUUCGAGAGCCUAUCACAUUAGUGUUUCAGCACUUGGAUCAAAAUCACACCUCGUCAGGUCUUUGUUGUUUCUUCAACAUGGACUCGACCGGACCAGACGAUCGAUGGUUUGACGAUGGAUGUUACCUGUACCAUACUAAUGAUACCCACACAAUGUGCCAUUGUUCACAUUUGACUAAUUUCGCUCUUCUUCUGGAUUUACAUGGUUCACCGGACGUCACUGAGAAAGAUGAGGACCUGAUCUUGUCUCUAAUGUCUUAUGUGGGGUGUGCAUUGUCUGCCGCUUGCUGUUUCUUCUCUGUGUUACUCUACAGCAUCUUACACCUCAAGGGGGAUCGCAUACACGUGCACAAAAAUCUAGCAUUUAACAUGGGAGUUGUUCAACUUAUUUUCUUCUUUGGAACGAGUCAAACGCAAAACAAGUGGUUGUGCAAGGCUGUGGGAAUCGCUUUGCAUUUUUUCCUCACUGCCAUGUUUGCCUGGAUGCUCGUGGAAGGAUGGCAUCUCUAUUUAGCUAUCAUCAAAGUACUUUCUACUCAAAAGAAAAGUUUCCUCAAGAGAUAUUAUAUAUUAGGAUAUGGUUUACCUACGAGCGUGACAGCCUUAUCCAUGGCUAUUUUCUGGGACAAAUAUGGAGUAGGGAAAAUUUGCUGGAUGACAGAAAUUGUGCUAGUCUCACUCUUUCUUCCUCCUGUUGUGGUUGUAAUACUUACAAAUAUAGUGAUUCUUGGAAUGGUCAUUGGAGUGCUAAUAUCCCCAACAACAGAAAAACGACAGAAAUACACCAGUGACAAGAACUUUAUCAACAAUAUAAGGGUGGCACUAAAGGCAUCUCUGAUACUUCUACCGUUGCUGGGAAUAACUUGGUUGCUGGGUUUCCUGCAAAUAAACUCUGACGCAGCAGUUAUGUCUUACGCCUUUGUUCUACUUAGCAGCUUUCAGGGCGUGUACUUCUUUGUCACUAACAUUUUAAUGGAUCAAGAGGUGUGCACUACGUUUAAAAAGAAGUUUUUAAAGAAACAUUAUUCAUGGAGUUUCUUUCGAUCCUCUUCGACUCCCAGCGUACAGGACAGUGUCAGACGAGGAGAUAUUCUUGCUGCAUCUGUGAAAAGGGCUACAGCUUACUCCAACGAAUCAUUCAGUUCCCGAAAAACAUUUGAAAAAAGGCAAAUGGAAGGAAGAAGGAACGAAAACCGGCUUUAUUCGCCCAACAGUGAUAUAAAAAGACAGUGGCAGGAAAUGAAUGAGUACUGACUCUUCGUCAUUCAAGUUAUAUCAUUCUUUAGACCCCUAAAUACUUUUUAUUGUCUAUCGAGCUGCAUUAUGUUGCACAGCUAAGUUAAAGCAUUAUUGCUUUUAUUUUCGUUCAUCUUCUUCCAUUCGAUCGAUUCCCUCUGUACGAGUACAACUAGUGAUGUUUUGCACAACAGUAAGCCAACAAUAAACAUAAUUGUUAGCAAUAAACUAUAAGCAUUUCAAACCAUUUCAAGUAAUAAGCCUUUCUAAACAAUCUCAACCCAUCUUAGAAAUGGAAAUGUUUUACGGGGUCCAUGCAUGCUGUAUUUAAAACAAAAUAAAAAAAUAUUGCUUAGUAAAUAAGUAGAGAGAAAUUUUUUGACUAGGAAAUUAUUUAUUUUUCACCAGAUUUCAAACGUUGUUCGUAGUUAUAGAGAUCAUAUGGCACAUUUCAAAAAGAAAACAUCAGACUGGUAAAAAAUACAAAUAUUACUUGAAGAGCUGUGAGGUUAACUAAUAAAAAACUAAUACUUUAUAAUGACACAGCAUUUGUUCAUUUCUACGAAGACUGUUCUCUGAAGAGAGCUUUGCUUAUUUUCGAAAUCUACCGUGAUUGGUAAGCAAUGCCAAGUGACGAAUAACUGAGUCCUUUCUAAGAACUAAGACUAAGGGGCAAGUGGAUGAAACUCUGUAAGCUAAAAUUUUGAC